CCGAACUCAGAGCUGGCCUGGGCACCACCAACCUUGGCAUUGAUAUUAGGGGUGGGAGCAAUUUAGUCUUGACGACAACUGCAGCUUGAAGUCUCCUCCUGCGAGACCAUUAUCGCCAUCCGGGAGGAGACUCUGCCCCUCCCCCUUCCCGGAGCGUGACCCCCUUCUCGACUGAGUCCUGUGGCGACUGGUCCGUUGGUGCGGAACGAUGGAGGAAAACGUUUCCAAAGCUGUGCCCAAACACGAACACCGUCGCCGCAGUUCCGCCAGGUCGAGCCUGUACGGAGAUGUUCGUGAUCUAUGGAGCACGGCCACAAUGUCCACAGCGAACGCGUCGGUGUCCGACGUCUGCGAGGACUUCGACGAGGAGGGCAGAGAUGUAGAGAAGAAGUCUCGCAGGUACAGCCACACCAUUUCUAUGAAGGAAAAUCUCAACCUCGAGCCAGAGGAGAUCCAGCAGCAAGCGCGUUUAGAGCUAGAGCUGCGCCGUGGCAGGUCCUUGGAGCGCGUUCUCGCGGUAGAUGAGGAGCACGAAUCUGGGACCUCCCUUGAAAAGAGUGGCCUCGCCGAGGCGAUAGUAAAGACUACUUCAGAAUCAUCAGUCAGUCUGUCAAAGCAGACGCCGCAUCAAGCCUACUGGACAGAGCAGCAGAACAGGCUGCCACUGCCCCUGAUGGAACUCAUGGAGAAUGAAGUUUUGGAUAUUCUCAGCAAAGCCCUCAAUACAUAUAAGGCCACGAUUGGCAGGGGCCACUUCAUGACUAAAGAGCUGCAGGGAUACAUCGAGGGGCUCAAGAAGCGCCGGAACAAGAGGCUGAACUUGAUGCCUCAGUGAACCUCCAGCUCAAGUGGCCGACCAGACAGCAGCCCCGUGCCCUGUCCUGUUCCCUGGACCCAAGCUCGACCCCGUCUGCAUGGAAUUUGAGCCCUAGAGAAAUUAAAGAGUCUAUGCAUGGUUCCCGA